GUCCACAUCAAUGAUCAGUCAACGAAAAGCGCUUUCAAUGUUCAUCCGUUCCUGAAUUCAGCAAAGCAGCCCUCUGCAGACUGCGCUUCUUUCUUGCAGAUCUUAGUGGCUGCAUCAGAAGAAAAGUUUGAAGGCAGCUCAUGCGCUGCAUUGCAUUCACUGGGCAUUCUUGCCACUGUCCGCAUUAAACAGGAGGUGCACUUCCAGAGCAACAAAGAAGCCCAGCGUUUGGCACUACCAGAUCCUGCAUGAGCUUUCGAGUGGAAAGGUUUGGUGCACACUUGUGGCAUUGUAAGGGACAGCUUAGGGGCAGCUGGUGUGCAAGAAAGCAAGCAACAAUAAGGUCAUUUAGAGGUCCUUCCACCAUCAUGGCCUCCGCCCCGCCCCCAUCUAGCUCUCAACGAGAAGCAGGCACCGAGAAGUACACCUCUGGUUACAAUCCCAACGCUAUCAAAGUACAGCUGAAGAAAACCCCAGAGACUCAAGCAGCCUUCCUGGUGCCAUACCUAAAGCCCGGGCAGGUUGUGUUGGACUGCGGCUGUGGCGCGGGGGGCCUCUCACUGGGAUUUGCCAAGCUGGUGUCCCCCGGGGGCCGGUUAGAUGGGGUUGAUAUGGAGGAGGCGAUGGUGCAAAUGGCAGCCAAGAAUGCGGAGGAGGCUGGAUUUGGGGAAGUUGCCAGGUUUCAGAAGGCUAACGUGUACAGCCUCCCUUUUGAGGACAACACGUAUGACGUCAUCACUGGGUGGGGCCUGCUCCUAUACCUGAGCGAUCCUCAGAAGGCCCUCCAGGAGCUGCUUCGGGUCCUCAAACCGGGGGGCAUUGCAGCGUUCAUUUCCGGGGACUUUGGUGGCUGGUUGUACUCGCCCGAGACUCCGGGGAUGGUGGCAGCCUUCAAUUACUACAAGAAACUGAUGGCCAAGGACGGGGGUGACCCGCACAACGGCCGGAAGAUAAAGCGCCUGAUGACGGAGGCAGGCUUGGAGCUGCUGCACGUUGGCUACCGGUACGAUCCCAACGUUAUGCCAGGAGCAAUGGCGGCCGAUCAGUUCAGUAAGCGCAUCAAGGACUCUGUGGAAAAGGAUGGCGCCAUCGAGAAAGGAUGGACGACAAAGGAAGAGGUCGAUAGCAUGUUAUCGGGGCUCGAGAAAUUCAAGUCGGACCCUGAUCCGAUCUUUGUUGCGUCCAUUUGUGAGGUUCUUGCUAGGAAAAGCAACUAAGUCGGAAUCACGACGCUUUGAAAGCAGCUCUUAAAUCAUAUUAUCAGGAACUUUCAGGAACUUAGUAACUUCAGUAGGAUGUAGCAGUCUGGAUUUGACUAACGGCCUAGCUGGUUUUACAGAUUGAGAUGGUCGUAGUACCAUACAUAAGCGAUAUGUAUGGACGAUGAGAUACUAAGCAAUCAAAGGACUCAACAUUCUUUGGAUGACUUUUUUGGCUGCCAAAAUCUGCAACUUACCCCUUUCAUUCUUGUUGAGAUUCAACGAUAGUGGCUCAAAGAUAGCGAGGCCACGGGUCAAUCAAGCAAUGAUCUGGAUCAAACCUGAUACAGGUGCAAUGCGAAAAUCUGCAGAG